CAAACAGCUUGACGUGACCAACUCGUCUGCACAGACAUCUCGCAGUUUCCUGGCUGACAGGAAGAUAUCGGCCGUUAUUGACGCAGCUGGAGAAAAUUAAGAACUAGAAAUGCGCAGCUCAGAAACAUGGAUGGCAAAUAGAGGGAAUGGUUUUGGCUCAUGACUCUGAAACAGCUGCAGAGAUCUCAUGGGAAGAGAAAGCGAACAGGGGAGAUUGUCUAACCGCAAACACUCCGGAUGGUUACAAACGCUGCCUUUGGAGCGGAACCUCACCGUGAAACAGAACAUCUUAUUGCCGACCUUCCAGAAGGUUUAAGAAAAUAGAAACAUGCAUUCCUUCGCACUGGUGAAUGUGCCGACUCAUCAGAUUGGACAGUCAUCUCAAACCUCACAAGCUGCUACCCAUCCAUACCAAGGAGGAGUUUGGUCUGCAAACGCCACACAGCAGUACGUGACGGGGAAUGAAGGAGUGCAGCUGUCUCACGGCACUAAUUUUGCCUUGCAGAAUGGAGCAAACCCUAGCAGACAAAUGUCAAAUUGGCAGAGCUCUGAUACUGCUUAUCUGGCGGGUCAGUCGAAAAAUGCUUCACAUUUCAAGCACCAUGCCCUUUUCCAAAUAAUUCUUAGCCAGCAGCAGCAGCAGCAGCAUAGAUUAAACAAAAUACAAAAUGAGAAUCUUUCUGUGACAAACACUGGCAUAUCUCAGCCAGCCCCAAUUCAAAACUCUCAUCAAAAUGGAGUGGACCACAGUCAACAUAGUACUGCUGUCACAAACACCACCUAUGCCCAACAAAGCAUGUCGGUGCGCUGCAAACAGACAGUUUCCUUUAAUGGGGUUCAGAUGAACAGGACCACGGAUGCUUCACAUCUUCAACAAAACUGGACCCAGCAGGCUUUUCAUCCAACUGCAAAUGGAGGAAUGACCAGACCCACUGCUGCUCCCUCACUUCCGUAUGACCAGACGGUCAAUGCCAACAAAACACUAACUGCAGAUUUUCAUCAUGGUCAAGCUCAUGUGUCUUCGAAUCAAAUUCACAGACCAAAUUUCUCUCAGGGAGGAGACUAUACAUCAAGCUGUGGAAUGGCAACCUCUCAGACAUUUAAAAACAAUAAUGUUGCUACUCAGUGUACAUCCUCAACUGCUCAGACUACACAUCCUUUGCUUAUACAUCAAAUAAAUCAGCAACUUUCAACUCAGAGCAAUCCUUCGUAUAACAACUACAGAAGUUUCAGGAAUAUAAAUUUAUUGAAUGAAAGAAAUUUUCUUUCAAAACAAAAAGAUCCCCCUCCUCCUUACAGGAGCCCACAAUAUUCCAUUGUGUCCAGAAUGUCUAAUCAAAGUAACCAAACUGCGACCGUAGUCAAUUCUGAAAAUCCCAGCUUGAAGGCUAGCCAAUCUUUAUCCCUCCAGUCUGGACAGCCUUGGCCUCAAAGUGUUAAGUCAAGAGCACAGCAAAUUGCAAAUGCAUCAUUUCAGCAAAACUCAAUAGCAAAUGUUGUCUACCCCCGUUUUGCAUCAAGGAAUGGGAGUGGAAGUGGUCCGGUAGUUGACAUCAAUGAAACUGUAACUAAAAGAUUUCCCAUCGAUUCACUGAGUAAUUCUUCACAAGGAUAUGAGAGAGCGUUAUUGCAGAGAGGCGAGCGUCAAGCCGCUGUAGUAAGCCAUUCAAAUAAGGAUGUUGGAAUGCCGUCACCAUUCAAACAAAAUGAAAGCUGUUCCUCCUCCAUGUCUGGUCAUACCGGCAUAAGAGCUGUUGCAGUUGUUCCCCCAUUAUCUCAGGAGGAGCCCAAUUCUCCUGCCUCUUCUGAACCUUGCAAAUCUGUGGAUGAUGCAGAAAAAACGUGGAUUUCACCAUAUGCAGCUACAAUUUGUGAGACUACACCUGAAAGCGAGGAAUCUAAUCAAAACCAAGUGAUCACCAACAAAGUAGACUCAGAGCCAGAAAGUUUAACUCAAACACCAGAGAGUGAUAAUCAUGAAUCGGUUGUUGAAAGGGUUUCACAAGAGUCAGUAAGUCAAACUGGUUCUGGAAAACAAACUGAAGUGGCUACACCUCAAUCACCACCUGUUCAUGAACUUUCUCUGCUCCCAACAAAAUCUUGGACUGCUGAGGAACUGACCAAAUUGAUAAUGGUGAUGGAAGCUGAACCCAAGCAAACGGGCACUUCUGAGGUGUCGACUGUUGUCAAAAUAGUUAUGAUGAUGUGGGGUAAAAAUAUUUUAGCGAUGCUUCAUGGCUACAAGGAAGCCUUGGAAAUCAAUUUUAUUUCAGAAAAAUUCUGUAAAACACACAUCAAGCGGGACACUUCUAUACUCACACAAGUUAGCCCUGACUUUAAGGACCAACUAAAACGGUACAAAAUCCUCAAGGAAGAUGAGGUCUACUCAGAACCUCCUUACAGAUCUUUGUGGUUGAAUGUCAAUGAUCAGCUUGAUGACAUAGAUAAGGAGUUUGGCUUCCCUUGGGCUUUGAAGCGACAUCUUUAUGUGGAUGAAACCACAAUCGACGACGUUGAGACUUUCGAAAACGUCCCUGAUCAAGCUGCCAGUGAGUCAGUAAACAAAGUUUUGCCUCUAACAGAGUGUGAAGAAGUUAUGACUGAAGAAAAUGAAACCCCCCAGAACCUUACUGCUUCCCCACAGGAGUCGCCAGGGAAAGAUUCCUGUGACUUGAGCUACUUGUUUAAAAUAGAGAUUUUGCCUCCAGAGGAAGCAAAAGUCAUCUUUGAGCAAGUGCAGAAAGACGAGCAUUCAAGCUCUAACUGUGGAGAAGAAACUGAUGCAAGUGGCUCUGAGCAGAGAGUGGGAUCUGAAGAUAUGGAUUCCACAAUAAGUGAUCCCAAACAAAAGAAAUCUUCAGACAAUCAGCUGAAAGAGAUUUGCUGCCUUGCAAGAUUUAUAGAAAUGAACUCAGGACUAGGCAAACUCUCCUCCAAAUGCCAAUGCAGAGACAAACAAAAUGCAAAUGAUGGCACCAUUGAGAUCCUUAAACCUGAUCCUGACUGCUUACCAAUCGGCCAGAAGGUUGUUAAUCAUCAAACUGAUACUCCGAAUGGCCCUGAUCUGUCCAUUAACCUUAGUCAGAUAAUCGAUUUGACUGACGACAAUGAUGACCAACUUUUUUCUUUUUAUGAUAAAGAAUCAGACCCAAUUUUCCAGACCUGCAGCCAGUCAAAUGCUGUUGGUGUAAGCAACCAGGAGGCUGGGGAACUUUCUGCUGAUUUUUCCUCUCCAAAAAAGAUGCACGAGUUUGUCUUCGAGGAGAGAGAAUCUGAGUUGGGGCAUGUACAAGAAAAGCUGCCAUCAACAAGAGCUGUGCAGUCGAGUGAUCCAAUGUGUGGUACCCAGCUAACCAAAUUAGAUCCUUCCAAUUUUAUUGAAACAAAUGAGCUAACUCAGUGGUUUAACCAGAAAGAAAACUGUGAACAAGCUCCUUUAACAUCUGACGACCAGGCUGAAUCACCUUCAGAAAACAAAACUCAAGUUAGUGACGCCACCAGCCAGACAUCCUUAAACUUUGUCGUUAAUAACAUAAAAACAGAGAAGAGACAAAGGAAUAUUGACCAAUAUUUCCGAACUCUAAAGAAACCUAAAUGUAGACUGCCUGUUGCCUCAGAUACAGAUCACAACUCCGAAGCUCAAGAAUCGUCCUCUGAAGGAAAAACUGUAGAAUUGGUGUUGUUCGGAGCUGGGCAACCAGAGAUGAGUUCUCCAUCCAGAAAAGAUGAUGUCCUGGUUUCUUCUCAAAUAAGAGUAUCUUAUGAAAAACACAAGCCUCCUGAAGUCCUGUCUGUGAAAUUAGACUCUUUGGGAAUGGACUCCACUCCAGCUGAUCCCACAAGGGACUACUCGAUCAAACAGCUUAUUUAUGAAAAAUGGAGGAGCAGUAUUCCAACUACGAGUGGAUCAGGUUUUUUUCGGCACAAAAACAAACUGAAAAGGCAAACCAGUUUGCCUGCUGUAAUUUCUAGGGAAAGCACAAAAGAGCAGGCACAGACAAUUUCCCCUAAACUAAGAUUCUCUGAUAGAACUAAAAAGUUCAUUCAGAGUUUAAAGAAGAAGAAGAAAAGGAGGGCCCUCUCAGAUCGCCUUACGCGGGAAGAAACAAAGAGAAGGCGCUACAGUGUCACCCUUGAGCGACCUGAACAUCAGCAGGGAGGUGAAACCAGUGACAAGAUGCCAGUCCAUGACAAUAUUGUCUUGAAGUUCAAUGUGCUGCCAAACACCUUUAACUUGGCAGAUGGGUCUGCUGAGACGGAGGAGGCAGCUGAACCUGUUUCAGAUAAGUUGAAACCAGUAGAAGAAAAAGAUGCAUUUCAUAAGAACGUUGCAGCAAAACCAAAAGCAGGAACCUGGUAUCUAAGUGAACCAAAGCAAUACAAGCCAAUACGUGUCUCUAAGCGUGUCUCUAAGGAUGUCAGCCUCUUCCAUGAGUAUCAGAAGAAAUACAAGGAGAAGACAUGCACAUCGACAGAUGAUUGAUUGAUGCACAUCGACAGAUGAUUGAUUGAUGCAUAAAAAAUGUUACUAAACUUUGUUACUGACAGUGUUGAUAUUUUAAGCUCAGGGAGUAGACUAAUACUAUGUUUUAGGUUUAAUCUCCCAGUAAGAGACCUCAGUACUGCUUCCUCAUCUUUACUUUAAAAAGCCUACACAUUGAAACUGAUUACUUUACAUUCUGUGUAUGAGUAUAUUAGCCAAAUGUUUGGCAAGAUUUGCAUGUUUUGUUUUUACUGUUUUUUUUUUUUUUUUCAUGUUUUGUGUACCAAGAAGUGUUCUAUUUUUUUUUUACAAUGCUUUAUGAUUUUGUCUAAGAAAGCUAGUGUGUUGUUUGAAAGGAUAAACUUUAAACUUGUCUUGCUUUCUUGUUGAGCAAAUAAAUGAUUGUUUGCUAA